ACGCGGCAAAAAAUCUUAACUAAAAAACAUGACAUCACGUCCGCCAGAAGAGUGACGUCACGCGAAGAAGGGGUCCCAAACGCGCUCCGCCGAGGUUCCCCCAAGACCCGGGCGAGCGAGAUGGAUCCAGCCCUAUUGCGCGAGCGUGAGCGGUUCAAGCAGCGUGCCUUGGCCCAACCGGUGGUAGAGAAGCGGCCGGCACCCUCCUCAAGCUCCUCCUCCUCCAAGAAGAAGAAAUCACGCCCUGACCAUGGGGGCUCCAGCGGGUCCAAAUCUGGAGAAACAGGAAAUGGAAUCAACUAUAAGAACCUUCCGGGAAGCUCUGGGUACAAGUUUGGAGUGUUGGCUAAAAUUGUCAAUCACAUGAAGACGCGGCACCAAAAGGGAGACACACACCCCCUCGCGCUCGACGAGAUUCUGGAUGAGACAAAGCAGCUGGACAUUGGCAUCAAGCAGAAGCAGUGGCUGACCACUGAGGCCUUGCUCAACAACCCCAAGAUCGACGUGGUCGAUGGGAAAUACGCCUUCAAGCCCAAAUACAAUCUGAAGGACAAGAAAGCGCUGCUGCGGCUGUUGGACAGACACGACCAGCAGGGCCUGGGUGGAAUCCUGCAGGAUGACGUCGAGGAAGGACUUCCGAAUGCUGCCAAGGCUAUGAAGGUUAUCGGUGAUCAGAUCCUCUUUAUUACUAGACCAGACAAGAAGAAGAUCCUAUUUUACAAUGACAAGAGCUGCAACUUUUCUGUGGAUGAAGAGUUUCAAAAGUUAUGGCGAAGUGUUCCCGUGGACUCGAUUGAUGAAGAGAAGAUUGAAGAGUACUUGAAACGGCAAGGCAUCUCAUCGAUGCAGGACACUGGCCCCCGGAGACUGGCUCCUAUGCGGAAUCGGAGGGCCAACGCACAGCGCAAGAAGAAGUUCAAGACUCACAAUGACCACUUGGCUGGAGUGCUGAAGGACUACACAAGCUUGUCUGCGAAAGAAGUGGGGGGGAAGUAGCCUCCUUCAUGCGUUGGGGUCAAGUUGACAGAACAUUUCGUUUCGUGUAAAUUGUCAGUACCUGAAAGCGCGCCGCACGGUAAUCUCCCACGCUCAUCAUUUGCCGUGCACUUCGAAUACCCGUGCACCGUAGCGCCGAAACAGAAGUCGAAAGCUGCGGGCCGUGGCCAUGCGAACCAAGCCAUGACAAUGUUCAUGUGCACACUGCCCCGAGAAAUGGGGAAGGCCGGUGAAGGUUGCUCACCAGCAGGUAUCGGCACCAAAACAAAAUUGUUGCUUUUCACAAAGAAACAAAAACCCCAUUAAACUUUUCGCUUAGCAACUGGUUUUCAACAUUAUUUUCAUGACACUGUUUGAUGGCAGAUUUCAGAAUUUUUUAAUGUAAAAAUUAUACAUUCUGAACAAUGGUGGUAAAGAUUGUGAAUCUGUUUGGCAUUUCUAACAAUAUCUGCCUCCGGGCUGUCUUUUUUUUAUAUAAUUUUACAAAGAAGUUAAAAUGUUGAUCAUCUAUUCAAGGCUUGUUCGAAGAUGCAAUGUAACAUUUAAUCAACAAUCCACAAUGGCCAGAUAAUUAAAGUUUGUAUAUUUUAAAUUAAAAGGUUAUAUGGAUUUUUAUGCUUUGUGAAGUGCAUUUUCUUAGUCGAUAUAAAAUGUAACUUUUUUGUUACACAUGUACAUAGUUUGGUUUUCCAAAAUGCAUUUAAAAUGUAAUCAUUUUGUAGGCAAUAUAAACGUUAAUUGCU